GUUUUUCCAAUUCCUUUUCUUUCUCCCCAAAGGACUGCCUUUACGCACAAUUCCGAGGAUUCUGCUUCUGAAGAUCUCCAAGGAUGGAGACUCCACAACCUCUCUGGGCAACCUGUUCCAGCAAAGACACCGUUGUGUUACCAACACUGUUUCAGCCGCAACUCUGGAGCACAGGACCUGCUUCAGCAGCCAGAGAAGCUGCGGGCUAAACACCAGCGUGGCACAGCUGUGGCUCUGCCGCUGAAAGCUUCUCCACAGCUUGUUCUUAAAGCAACGAGCAGGGAAUCUUCCUGCGGCUGCCCAGGGCUUUCCUCUCGCAGCCCCGCCAGAGCCCGCCUCAAGCAACCUCUCCGCCAGCUCCACUGGCUCCGCUACCUGGUGCCCGCUUCUCUGGGAGUCCUUCACAGUGCCUAGAGCCACAGGCCUCUGGCUGCCCGGACACGGGAGGAAUCCCUGCUCCUGCUCCUGCUCCAGCUGCACUGCCAGGGCUGCCUGAUGGGCGUCCAAGCUCGAGCGCGGUCUCUGCUGAUGUGUGGGGAGUCAGCCAAAGAGCCAGGAAGCUUACCCAGGUGACCGAGCAGAGCACCUCCUGGCAGAGCAGGUAACGCGCAGUUGAUGGGAGCAGUUAGGGAGCUAAGCUGACUCCCCUGAGAAAUACCGACCUGGGGCUGAGCCGGGGGCACUGGCUGGAAGGAGCCAGAGGUGCCUGCCAAUCCAGACCUUGCUGUGGGUGUGUGAGACGGUGUCCCUGGGGUGUCCGACGUCAACCACUGGGGCUGUGUGAUGCGUGGGCGGUGGCGUACCCAAAGGCCAUUGUGACACGGAGGGGUACCCAUGGCAACGGUGUCCCUUAUAAGGCCCGAGCCCCGGGCUGCCCAUUCACUCUCAGGAGAGCAGCUCUCUCAGGAGGCAGCAGCUCGCCUGGGUGCCCGUUGGAGUUCUCGGUCAGAGGACCUGGAGCACACCAUGGAGCAGCAGAAUAAGGAUCACUCCCAGCCCGCUGAAGGGCAGCAGAGGGUACAGGAGCGGCGCCAGUUUCUCUUGCAGAUGGAGAAGCUGCAAGACAUGAAGACGCUGCCACACAGUGGGGUGCGGCAGGAAGAGAGAAUCCAUCUGCCAGCCAUGCCGCCUUUCCCAAGGCAGGCAGCGACUCAGGCAGCAGCACCCAAGCAAGCGCGUGCAGCACAGACAUCGUCAUCUGAAAGGGUCACUUGCAAGCUGCCCCGUCUACAAGCAACAGCCUCUGCAUCUUCAGCUGCAGGAAGGGCAAAGGCGUUGGGCACAGAGGCCCACAGCCACCAAGAGCUUCUGCCACCUCUUCCGUGCAUCUCUGGUGAGAGGGACAAGGCAGUGAGGGCAGGGAGCCGGGAACGUGGCCCACACAGCCCUGUGGCCCCUGACGAGGACAUGGAGUACACAGUACGGUCCUUCGUCUCCACAGUCAUAAGAAACGCUCUAGCCUGCAACGAGGAAGCCAACAGCAAAGCAAGGCUUUCUCCCUCAGGCAGAGGUCCCGGGACCAAAGGCUACAGAACACCACCUCUCACCACAGCAGUGCCCCAAAAUGGGAAGAAGAAGAGUCAGCACUCGUCCAAAAGCAGCCCUGCAGCCCCUGCCGAAGAAAUUGAAGACCCACUAAAGGCCUUUGUCUCCGCUGCCAUUAACAGUGCCAUAGCCCGGAACCAGGGAGCCAUGAGGGAGGCAAGGCUUUCUCCCUUGGGCAGACGUCCCAGGAGCAAAGGCCGCAUAACACCACCACUCCUCACAGCAGUGCCCCAGAACUGGAAGAAGAGUCAGCACCCUGCCAAAAACAGCCCUGCAGCCUCCGCCGAGGACAUGGAAGACCCAGUAAAGGCCUUCGUCUCCAGUGUCAUUAGCAGUGCUAUAGCCUGCAACGAGGGAGCCACGAGGGAGGCAGAGCUUCCUCCCUUGUGCAGAGGUCCCAGGAGCAAAGGCCACAGAACACCACCUCUCCUCACAGCAGUACCCCAGGAUUGGAAGAAGAGUCGGCAGGCUGCCCCACACUGCCCCACAGACUCUUUCGCAGCACUGCGGGACACAGCACAGUCCCUUGUGUCUGAAGUCCUGGCAAAGACAAUGGCUGAAAGCUGGGAACACGGCCAACGGCCUGCAGAACUGGUGGACCUGGCACACACGGGGUGCACAGUGACAUCAACAAGAGCAGUCGAGGUCCAGACAGACACGGACAGCAGGUGGACCACUGCUCUGCCAGGGCGCCAUCACCAGGCACGUUCAGGAAAACCGGCUGCCGGCAGGGACCCUGCACCAGCAAGCCCAGACAGGGGUGAGAAGCAAGGGCAGCAGAGACAGAUACACAUCAAACCCAGGCAGGGGAGCGGCAAGGAUGGGACAAGCCAGGGCCGGGGCAGGAAAGAAAGAGGUCCUGAGAGAUGGGAUGAAGAGGAAGAAAUUAUCAUCUUCAACUCCUGGAUAAACCCCAGCUUCCCCAGCCUCUUCCAGGAGCCACAGGCCUUUCCCCAGAAAGUGUGCAGCUCACCCAGCAGCGUGGACAGGGAGGCUGCAGCACAAGAAGCAGAACCCCCAACAAGAGUCUCUCUUGGCUCACCGGACACUGAAACAUCGCCUGCUUGCCUGGAAGAGAGGCACGGCACGCCUCUCACCGCAACAGCACCGGCAGAGAGCAGGCCAGCAAGUCCUCCGUCAGCCCCUGCUUUUGAAGAUGAGCGCUACAGAGCGCCUCCCCAGACACGUGGGGCUCAAGAGUCAAAGCCAUCAGCCUGUCCCACCCCCAGUGAGCACAGCACUGCGGUGAUGGCUGAGAGGCAGGGACGUGCCCAACAUGCCCCCAGUGCCUGUGAUGAAGAUCUGCAUGAAGCAGCCCGGACCCUCGUUUCCGCAGUCCUAAGACAAGCUGUAGCCAUGAGCCAGGGAGCCACGAGCAAGGCACCAACUGCUCCCUCGGCCACAGGACCCAGGGUGCCUCCUCCCACAGCAGAGCCUGCAGACUCUGCAUCCUCAGCAUCUGCCUUAGCUGGAGCACUGGGGGACCUGGCACACACAGGGUGCACAGUGACAGCAACAAGAUCAGCCGGGGUCCAGACAGACGCGGAGAGCAGGGGGACCACUGCUCUGCCAGGGCCUGACCCCCGGGUAUGUGCAGGAACAACGGCUGCCAGCAGAGACCCUGCACCAGCCAGCCCAGACACGGGUGAGGAGCAAGGGCAACAGAGAGAGCAAAACAUCAAACCCACCCGCAACUCUGGAGCACAGGACCUGCUUCAGCAGCCAGAGAAGCUGCGGGCUAAACACCAGCGUGGCACAGCUGUGGCUCUGCCGCUGAAAGCUUCUCCACAGCUUGUUCUUAAAGCAACGAGCAGGGAAUCUUCCUGCGGCUGCCCAGGGCUUUCCUCUCGCAGCCCCGCCAGAGCCCGCCUCAAGCAACCUCUCCGCCAGCUCCACUGGCUCCGCUACCUGGUGCCCGCUUCUCUGGGAGUCCUUCACAGUGCCUAG